CUUCUUCAAAUUUUAUACACCAAGCCGUUCAGGUCGCGGUUGGCGGAACCGUUGACCGGUCUACCCCAUUAAAGAGCUUUGUGGCGACUGAAAAUUAAAACAGUGAAGCAAAGGGAGGAGAUGGGUGGAGCUACGGCUAUGGCGAUGUCUCAGUUAGGGUGCUUCUCCGCCAUUCAUCGCACCCUCCACCUCCAGAGGCGCUUCCUUCCAUCCCCUUCUCUUCGUUCCAAGUUAUCAGUUGUUAUGUGUCUGGAGAGGCAUGGCACAGAUACUGCUGGUUCUGAUUCCAAAAACACAAUAAGUUAUGCAGCUGAGGUGUCCAAGCAUGUCGAAGAAAAGCAGAAUUCAUAUUCAACAAAUGAAGCUCUUGACAACGAAAAAAUAGGGUUUGGAGAGGCUACACGGGAAGCUGUUGGUCAAACGAAAAAGACUGCAAAAAUUCAUGACUUUUGUUUAGGCAUUCCCUUCGGUGGAUUUGUUUUAACAGGAGGGAUUAUUGGAUUCCUUUUCUCACGGAGUCCUGCAACACUAAGCAGUGGUGUGUUCUUUGGUGGUGCUUUACUGUUCCUCAGUACCCUUAGCUUGAAGGUUUGGAGGCAAGGAAAAUCUAGCUUACCAUUUAUUCUAGGACAAGCAGCAUUGGCAGGGGUUCUUAUCUGGAAGAACUUCCAGAGCUACUCAUUGGCAAAGAAACUAUUUCCAACUGGCUUCAAUGCUAUUAUAAGUUCUGCAAUGCUCUGCUUCUAUUUUUAUGUGCUUCUCUCUGGAGGAAACCCCCCACCUAAGAAAUUGAAGCCAUCUGCCAGCAUUGCAUAAUGAGAUACUCAAGGUUAUGCUAGCCUAUAAAACAUGGGGGAUAUGAUUUCUUAUUUUUCUGUGAAUUGAAAUAAGGUUGUAAGCUAGUUUGGCUAAGUUGCUUUUGAAAGUAGGUCAGCCAUGAGGUGCGAAUGUGAUUAUUGCAUUAAAUUCCAAGGUAUUUAGUGGUUUAUAGACUAAUAAUAUGAAAUUUGAUGGAAAAUCUGAUUUGCUUGAUACAGGUAUGUUGUUUCGAUACUCUUGAUACAUGGCACAUGCAUUUAGAUGGUAGGGUGAAAUUUGGUACCAAGUACACGUGCAUUUAGAUUGCUCUGAGAGUCCCUUCCUGAGGUCCGUAGUUUAGGGUCAUUGAGAUGAAAUUGAAUCCUAGGCCCAAGGUCACGCCUUUUCGUGAUUCAUGCCGAUGGAGAAUAUAGCUUAUGCUAUACUGCACUAGGAUAUGAAGAAAAUGUGUUCCCCAGUCUACUGACUGAUGCCUUGGUGGUUUG